GUACAUUCUUAGAGUUUUCGACUUCGUAAUUCUUUCCAGAAGCAUGGUCAGGUGGCAAAUGCCGUCGUCUGGCCACUUGAAGACGUUUUUCCUAAAACAAUGUUCGACUGCAGCGUAUUAGUUCGGCAGAAGCGCAGUCAGCAUUACCAGUAUCAGCGGUUGGCGGACCGGGAAAUGAAAAAGUGAUUGGUGCCAAGAUUUGUAUUUGAAUAUAAGCGAGGUUCAUCUGCGUUUCUGCUUGUGAUUCAAUUCAGUUUAUCCUAGAGCUUGUAAUUCGGUCCGUGGUAUUUUAGUUGGUGCUCUAAAGAUUAUUGAUUGUUACCUGUUUCACUGCACACCAGCCAUCAAAAUGCUUACAAGUUUAUCGAUUUUUGGUAUUUUUGGGUUGAUGAUUCUGGUGACCUUUACUGGGGUGCACUGCGGUGCUGCGAUAUCGAGGCAGGAGUCUUCUGAAUAUGUGCUGCUUAUUACUUCGGACGACGGCAAUCGGAUCAAUUUCCGCUUCGAUCGCACGCAAGGAUUUCAGUACGCCCAUGUGUACAAGUACAUAUGGAGCACAAUCAGCAAAUCGACCUUCCACGGUUUCAUAUUCAAAUGCUCAAAAGAGAAACUUCCAGAGCUAGUUGACACGAUAAAGGAAAAGAUUUCCUUCAAGGCUUUGGGUGAAAAGGAUGUUCCGCACCACGCCUAUUUUAUCCACGGAAAAUUGUCGAGUGUUCCAGACAAGCUGGCUCCAAAAUUGAGUGAAAUGAUCCAUCGUGCAGACAGACAGUGGGAAAACCGUGACCACAUCGAUUAUACGAGUUUCUAUUAUGGUAUGCCGGAACGCACGGUUAUCACUCUGGAGCAGGCCCCAAGAUUGGAGUUCGCUAAGUAUCUGGAGCCGGAAAACUUUCCAAAGGUAUCCCUGUCGAAGCGAAUAAAGAAUAUUUUCGGGUAGCGGGAAGUAUGACGGCGACAUACGUUAUUUCUCCGAAACUGUACCUGUCCAAACUGUUCCCUACACGAACUAACCAGCAACUUGGCCCAACCAGUCUUCUGCUCAUAUUAUUACUAGCUCAUGAAGCCAUAUUAUUAAUCUUUAUUGCCAGUUAACGAAAUAGUGUCUACAUCUCAACGCCUUACAAUCCUGUUGAGCCGGUUUUCUU